CUUCAAGUGAAAACGUGACCGGCAUGCACUUUUCGCCUCGCUUGGCACACUUGGAAGUCUUGCUGUUUCGUUCAGUCGGUUGAAUGGCUUGUAUGAAGUGGAAAUGAUAGUGUUGUCCGUAAUCCUGUCCUGGCAAAAGAAACACAUGAACAGAGCUCCGUACCGGUAUGCAACGAUAGAUCAGUGUGCUUGAGCCAUCCACAACCCGUGUUCGAGAUCUGCCAGCCUGCGGCUCCAUCUUUGCCAAACAACUACUACCUGGUAGUAGUCAGCAUAGAAGUCUACUUUCUUUUUCGAUUUUUUGAUACUGCACCACAAUGGGCACCUCACCAAAGGAAAACGAAACCAAGAACGACGAGAAGAAGACGCAUGCGGGAGCUGGUCUGAAGGAGAAUCCGCGUGCUCGUGAGGAGUGGGAGUCAAAGCGAACCUCAUCCAUAUCCACCAAGACUGGAAGCAGCGAGCCUGGAGCCGUGUCUUCCACUGGUAACAGAUCCAUCGUUUCGAAGUAUGGACUCCGACGGCGUAGCGAUGAUAGCAAAGAAGGACGAUCCACUUCGGCCACAACGACAACCAGCCACGACCGUUCCAGUGCCCAAACAAUGAUGCGAAUAUCCGAACUCGCCGACAUGCCGGCGGAGCGUCCUUCGGUGGUUCAUGUUGGCGGUGAAAACGAGAUCGUCCUACCUCCCCACCGCGCUGACGGUACCAGUGGCGCCUCCUCCUCCAUAGACCUUGAGUCAGCAAGAUCUCACCGUCCAUCCAACAGCGAGUUUCUGAUUGAAGCUACUCUUGUCCCUGAUGACCCUGUCACUCCUCAACAGGAGCCCAGCCCAGAACUGGCCAAAGUGGUGGAGGCAGAGCAACUGUAUUUUGGAUUUUCGAAACGACAACUUCUCUUUCUGGGAGGCUGCCUAAUUUUGAUUGCUGUCAUUGUGGUGAUUGUAACAGUGACUGUUGGUUCUUCUUCUGGUGGUGAAGAGAAUGCUGACGCUGCUGGUGCCCCUUUUACGACACUGAGCCCAACAGCCACUCCCCUUCCUACAGUGGAUCGAAUUCGACAACGGGGAGAACUUCUUUGUGGGAUUUGGGAUGAAAGUCACAAACUCAUCAUGACGUCCGGUGUCUUGGAAAAGGAUGAAGAUCAGACUGAUCUGGUACUCUGUCGUGUUCUGGCAGCAGCUGUCUUGGGCAACGCCUCAGCGUAUCGGUUGAUUGAGACCAGCCAAGAAGACAACUUUAAACUGCUGGGCAAUGGUGCCGUGGAUGUACUGACAUCCCAGGUGGAAACCUCCAUGCAGUCAGAUGUGUAUGAGACAGAACAAGGAAAGAUUGGAGCAGGGUUUACUUUCUCCGUCCCUUUUGUCUACAUUGGUAUUUUUUGGGGUGGCGUCCCUGAGUUUGUGCUGUGUGCCGAAGACAACUAUGAGACCAAGGGAAACUGCAGUGACCUCAGGAUUUGUAUGAGCACUGAUUCCGAGUGGGCAGAAAUUGUGGUAGAGAAAAUUCCAGAAAGCUUCAUUGUUAAAAGGGACAAUGUCACAGAAAUUCUCCAGGGUUUCAAAAAUGGAGAUUGCAAUGUGUUUCCCGUGGAAAGCACCGGCGUCACAGAGUUUCUAUUAGCUCUCUUUGGACAUCGAGGAGAGUAUUAUCGUGGUACCCAGCCAUUUGUCAAUGAUAUAGGAACUCUGGCAACAAGAGAUGAUGACCCCGAAUGGUCCGACUUUGUCAACAUCAUUCUGAUGGGCUUGUUUGCGGCAGACCUGGCCAAUGUUACACACAUCAACGCUGCGGAAUUGCUGGCUGCAGAUGUGCUAGGGGAGGAACUGGAGCGGGCUGUGGAGGCAGCUGGUAACUAUGCUGAGAUCUUUGACAGGGGAUUUAAGCCCAUUUUUCAAUCUCGCGAAGGAUGGAAUUUGCUGAACAACGGAAGCACAGGAUUGCUUUUCACUCUUCCACUCGGCACAAUUCAGAAUGAAGGGCCUGGUCCGGUGGCGGGUGGGACACUGGAGGAGAUCAGGGACAGACCAAAUGGCAAGCUACAUUGUGGUGUAAGAUUGGGCAGGCCAGGAUUUGCUGUUCAGGAUAAGGCCCAGAAUCAGCCAUUCAGUGGCCUCGAUGUUGACAUGUGUUCAGCCUUGGCUGCUGGCCUUUCACAAGGCACCACCGAUGCUGUUCUAUUCGUCCAUGUGGAGAAUGAAGCCCAGGGAUACCGCAUGUUGCAAUCUGGGGAAGUCGAUGUUUUGGCAGGGCAUACAUGGAACAUCCGGAAUGACUAUCAUGAACCUGGAACUGGAGUGGGCUAUUCCUUUACUAUGCCCUACUUCUACAAACCUGUGGAUGUUGAUGUCCACAGCAGCAAUGCCACAUUUGAUGAGAACCUUUGCCUUGUGACACGACAAGAUGAUCCACAAUUCUCGUCCUUUGUUUUCUGGACGGUUGCUUCGACCUGGCAUGCCGAAGAGAGAGGAGUUACAGAGGCAAACUCUAGAGAUAUGCCCGAUGUGAAUUUGUUUGGUUUCGACUACAGCAAAAUGUUCCGAGAUGCCAUCUUUGCUGUGGGCAACUAUGGUGAAAUUUAUGAAAGGAACUUGGCCUCAAUUCUUCCUCGUGGUGGGCGCAACAUGCUCAAUUCUGUUCAAGAUGCUGGCCCACAAAUUUAUGUUCCACCUGGAUACUUUGAUUAGUCAUCAUAAGCAGGAUGUUUGGUUUGGGUGAUGGAAGCCUCUCUCACGGGGUACCGGUAGGCGGCAAAUUUGUGGAGGGAUUCUUCGGCAGCCAUCGUUGCGUUGUGAUUCAGGCCCGCUACAGUCGUACAGUACCGGUAGCAUAAUUGUCGCCUCGUGAUAGCCUACACGCGCGAGUAAUGGAAAACGGUUUACGGUUCC